AUGGAGAAUUCCACAUCUGUUCCUGGGAAUGUUACCCUGAUGUUCUCUCAUAAGGUUGAUGAUGUUGCCCAAAUUCUUUUCGUGAUUGUUUCCCUUUUGUGUUUCACCAUAUUCUUCUAUUUUAUUGCCAUUAUGCUGAAGGUCUUCUUCUCAACUCCUCAUAUGCAGGAGGAUCCUCGAUACAUCCUCUUUGUUCAUAUGCUCAUCAAUGACACAUUGUAUAUCUUUUUCGCAAAUUUCCUUGUUGUGUCCAAUAUGUAUUCAGUAUACUUCCCUAUAAUAUUCUGUUUCGUUUUUAGUACCUUGGGCGGCUGUGUCUUUCUAUUGACCCCAUACAACCUGGCCCUCAUGUCUCUAGAACGUUACAUAGCCAUAUGUUUCCCAUUGAGACACUUACAGUUUUGUACACCAAGGAGAGCAAAAUAUGCAAUUGCUGUAAUCUGGAUCAUAGGGUUGUCUCUAUGUCUUGUAAACUUCAUUAUAGCAAUGUGCUUAGCAGACAGAACCUUAUAUUCUCUUUAUGUGUUGUGUGAUAGUCCAAUGCUGAGGAUAAGCCCCGUAAUAGGCCAGAUUGGCACCUUCAUCAAUAUUUUCAGCUUCACCAUGGUGGCCUUGAUCAUUGUAUUUACCUACAUUAAUGUCAUGUUGGUUGCCAGGAGGGUCGGAUCUAGUCGUUCUUCAGCCCUUAAAGCUGGUAAAACUGUGAUGCUCCAUGCCUUCCAACUCUUAUUAUGUCUGGUCGCCUUCAUCUCCACUGUAACUGAGAUCUAUGUAAUGAAUUACACGUACCUGUUAAUAUUUACAAACUACGUUUUGUUCACAUGUGUGCCCAGAUUCCUCAGUCCCCUGAUCUAUGGAGUAAGAGAUGAAGUUUUUCAAAAACAUAUAAGAAAUUAUUCCACAAUAACUCAUGUCUGUCGUCCACAAUGA